CAGGAGCAUAGCGCAAUUAUUCUGGAUGGUGCACAUGGGCCUCUCCCGAAUGUGUCCUCCUCCAAAAGACCUUAACAGCGGCCAUACUGAUAUGGAUUAGAAGGUAACCACAGGUUUAAUGACAAUUCAGCGGUCAGCAGCAACCUUCAGCAGUGGAGCUGAUGCGGAGGACUGUGAGCUGUUGCCCAGCAGUCACUGACCGGCCUGUCUACGUGGCGGGGCGGAAGAGGAGCCGCUGGCUGACACCAGACCUCGGAUCACCAUGUCCCAGGCUGCCCCCUCUGACGGAGACCCCUCUGCUGACAUCAACCCUCCGCCCACUCAGCCCGAUCAAUCUGACUCCUGCCAGGAUGUCCCAGCAGCCCCUGCACCAUCUUUAGACUCUCUGCAACCUCCUUUGAUCCCAGAGAGAUUCGCCCUCCCACAGUCCAGUGAGGAGGUGGCAACUGAGGACAACGCCACCGCUGACACUGCUGCCACCGCUGAGACUUCAGAGGUUGUGACUGACCAAUCGGAGCCUCCUGCUGAGGCUCAGGUGUACGAAUGUGACCAACCAGUUAGUCUGGAGCCCGAGGCUGCAGAGGAGGAUGUGGAGAAGUCACUUCAGGAGAAAGAAAAAGGUUGGGGGGGUUGGAGCUCAUGGGGGAAAUCUCUCCUCAGCAGUGCCACCUCCUCAGUCGGUCAGAGCCUGACCUCCGUCAAGGUGAAGGCAGGAGAGGCUCUGCGUCUCCACAGCACGUCAGUAGGAGAGGAGGCACGAGAGGAGGACGAGGGAGCAGAGGAGAGCAGAGAGGGAGGAGGAAGUGAAAGUGGAGAGGCCGACCUGUCCGGCUCUGGGGAGUCGACUGCGAGUGCUGCGGCUUCUGGCAGGGGCGUCUUCUCUACCAUCACACACGCUGUGCAGAACACAGGUAAGUCGGUGAUCAGUGGGGGUUUGGAUGCCUUGGAGUUCAUUGGAAAGAAGACGAUGACUGUUCUUGCUGAGAGUGACCCCGGUUUCAAAAAGACCAAGACCCUGAUGCAGAAGACCGCCUCGCUGAGUCAGAUGUUGAAGGAAGCCAAAGAGAAAGAGCGGGCUCGUCUGGGCAACCAGCCAAUCAGCGCUCCCACGGCUCACUACGGUAUUCUGUUUGACGACUACCAGGGCUUGUCGCACCUCGAGGCCCUAGAGAUCCUGUCCAACGAGAGCGAGGUCAAGGUCCAAGCCUUCCUCUCGUCCCUGGUGGAAGAGGAGCAGGAGGAGGUAAAGAAGGAGCUGAUUUUCAUCAAGGACAUCUUCAUCAAGCGGGAGGAAGAGGAGGGAGGAGAGGGAGAGGAAAAAGAAGAAGAAGGAGGAGGAGGAGGACAGGCGAAGGAUAACGGUGAUCUAAGUUCCCAAUUACACUGUUCUACCCCCCUGUCUGCCGAUGGCGAGGAGUUUGUGAGCGUUCUCACCGAGCUGCUGUUUGAGCUCCAUGUUGCUGCCACUCCAGACAAACUCAACAAGGCUCGGAUGAAGGCCCACGAUUGGGUGAGCAUGGUGGAACAGCCAGAGACGGUCGGCAGGGAAACGCACGACCAGCCGGAAGGACAGGUCUCACCUGGAGAGACCGAAGACGAAGGGGAGGAGGAGAAGAAGAAGAAAGGCGGAGAGGAGCAGGGGGAGGAGAAGAGCGGGGAGGAGGAGAUGAAGGGUGGAGAGGAGGAAAAGAAAGAGAAAGACCCCAGAUCUGUAGAGGUUGUCUACCUGUCAUCAGUCAGCAGUCUGGCUGAGGUGACGGCUCGCAGUAUCGAGCAGCUCCACAAGGUGGCAGAGCUCAUCCUCCACGGCCAGGACCUGGAAAAACCAGCCAGGGACCAGGCACACAUCCUCACCAGGUUGACAUGUGCCAUGUGUAAGGAGGUGGAGUGUUUGGCCAAGAAGUUCUCUGAUACGCUGCUCUUUGUUGGGGGUCGGAGGAAAGCGGAGGAGUUGAAUCCGCUGGUCGAUAGCGUGCUGCUAGAGGGCUCCAACAGCACCAACUACAUCCAGAAUGCAUUUCAGCUGCUGCUGCCGGUCCUGCAGAUCUCCCAUCUCCAGAGCCAGCACAGUCGGUCCAACACAGAACCAGCUGCACCGACACAGCACUAACACACACAAACACACGCUACCUGCUCAGCCGCUUGUCUUAAUGUAUCUAUUGUUGUACAGUUAAGUGUCGAGAAUAGAUUAUUCCAGAUUAAGAGCUAAAAUCUACAUUAAGUGCCAUAACGACAGGCAGAAGAUGUUUUAUAUAUAACAUACAUAAUAUAAUCUAAAAGAUAACAGUAUAACAAGUAGAUACAUGUCAAAGUGACCCACAUGCAGGUUGAAUGUGUGUCUUUUCCCAAUUGUAUCGACUCUGUUUCGCAGCUGAGUUUGUGCUUUGAGGAACCAAAUGUGUUCAGAGCUGACUCGACUUUCAGCUGGCACUCAUAUCUGACAAAUAAUGUUGCGUCUCUGUCGUCUCCAAAAGCUGAACCAAAAACAGUAAAUUACUGAUUGUGUCGGAGAGACUCUACAUUAAUGUAUAUUAAGCGUUCUUUGCACUCCUGAUGGUCUAUUGUUAUUUCAACACAGAGCAUUGACUGACACUAGUGAACUGACAUGUUUUAAUCUGGUUUGAGAUGAAAUGCCAGUAUUAAUAAUGAUACAUGACAACAACACUUUGAGCGUGUUUUUUUUUUUAUAAUUAUGAUUAUUAAAUUAUGUGAAGAAACACUACCUUCUAUUUUA